UGGUAGGGAGUCAUAUAAAAAGCGCAGUAAACCGCAGGAUUAAUGAAUCUAUUACAGCAAGCGACAUGGAAGAGUUAAAGUUUCGAAAUGUUGACCUGCGACAAUUUCCAAACCAGCUCCGCCACCGGACCGACGGUCUGAGUUCCACAACACUGGUUCUGCGGAGAGGAGAGUUUUUCCAAAUUCAUGUGAACUUUGAUGGACGGUCCUUCGAUCUGCGCAGGGACAGACUGAUCUUCAGAGUACUUGUAGGUCCAUUGUUUGUCGAAAUUCCUGUCUCUGUGUCUGGACAGCCCUCUCCGUCUCAAUGGAGCGCCAUUCUCGAGCAGGGCGUACCUGACCCAUAUUUACCCAGAGCGGUAUCAGUGUUGCUUUUCAGCCCUGCCUCUGCUCCUAUAGGGGUUUACACCCUCAGUCUGAGAAUAGAGACAGGCGCAAGUGUAAAAACACACACGCUCGGCCAGUUCACACUACUCUGCAACCCCUGGAGCAAAGCUGAUUCAGUGUACCUGUACUCUGAGGAUUUGAGAGAUGAAUAUGUGAGGAAUGAUUUCGGGCUGUUGUACAAAGGCACAGCCGGUAACGUCACCGCCAGACCGUGGUCUUUUGAUCAGUAUGAAAAGGGGAUAUUGGACAUUUGUAUGAAGCUGUUGCAAGUGAGUCCUCAACAUCAAGCUGACAUGAAAAGAGAUUUACUCAACCGCGCAGAUCCCAUUUACAUCAGCAGAGUGAUUUCAGCUAUGAUAAACAGUCAGGAUGAUAAGGGUGUGUUAAUGGGGAAAUGGUCAGGGGACUACAAAGAUGGCGUUAACCCCUCACAUUGGUCUGGCAGCGCAGAUAUUCUCUGGCAGUGGUCACAAACACAGUUCAGCCCUGUCAAGUACGGUCAGUGUUGGGUCUUUGCUGCUGUUAUGUGUACAGUAAUGAGAGCCUUUGGCAUUCCGACUCGUGUGGUCACCAACUUUAACUCUGCCCACGACACAAACGGAAACUUGGUGAUUGAGGAAUUCUACACAGAGAUGGGUGAGAAACUGUCACUCUGCCAGGAUAGCAUUUGGAACUUUCAUGUGUGGGUAGAGUGCUGGAUGAGGAGGUCUGAUCUGGGUCAAGGGAACGACGGUUGGCAAGUGCUAGACCCAACACCCCAAGAGCAGAGCGCAGGAAUGUAUCGUUGUGGCCCUGCGGCGGUGAAAGCAAUCCGUGAACAGAAAUUGGAUGCGGCAUAUGACGUGCCGUUUGUCUUCGCUGAAGUGAAUGCAGAUGUGCGUACCAUGAUCAUACGAGAUGGAAAGAUAUUAGGAUCCAGAACGGACACUGAGAGGGUCGGAGCCCUGAUUUGCACCAAGCGUCCAGGAUCAAUGCAACUGCAGAACAUCACUUUAGAAUAUAAAAAUGAAAUGAUACGUGGCAGUGGGUAUCCUUCUACAAGGAGAAUGGCUCCUGAGGGCAUAACCGUUUCUCUACGUCUUCUGAGAACACCCGUAAUGGGAGAAAACAUUUCAUUCAGCAUCAUAAUCACCAACAAAGAGACCAUUCCCAAAAUCCUGAAAGAGCAUGUGAAUGCUCAGAGCAAAGAGUACAACCGCAAUCCAGUCGCAACCUUCUGGGAGGAUCACAGUGAUCUCAGAAUUGGUCCUAAUGAAACUGUGACUAUAAAACAUGACAUCUCAUUCCAUAAGUAUGUACUGAAGGAGGUGAGAGAUGGCUAUCUGGUUAACUUGGCUGUGGUUAUAGAGGACGUGAACUCACAGGCAAGAGUACUGGCUUCUGAAGAGUUUAACAUCAUCAGUCCUGCACUCAAUAUACAGGUUGCAAAUGAGUACUCAGUCAUUGUUAACAUGCAGCAAGCUGCUGUGGUGAUGUUCACAAGCCCGUUCAAAGUUCCAGUGAAUGGAGAGCUUACAGUAUCGGGUUCGGGACUCUUGGAGGAGAAGGUUGAAAUGAAGAUUGCGCUACAGCCUGGAGAAACCUUGAAGAGACCCAUCCAUUUUAUUCCCAGGAUGACAGGCUCCAAGAUGCUUCAAUCUAGUUUAGCAUUGACGAACCUGCCCACCGUCCUGCAUGGAUUCAAGACCAUCAAUGUUCAACCAGCUUAAAGAUAUGAAAACCAUCUUUGUCACAAAACCUGUCCAUGUGAUUAAAGUGAUUAAUUUGUGCCAAAAUACUAUAGAGUCUGAUUGGACUCUAGUCAACAACAAAAGAUAUGAGAAGCAUUUUCUACACUGUUUUAAUAAUGGAUGAGCCUAUUUAAUUUGCUACCAUAACUAUGUACAUUUAUUUGGUAUCAUUUUGUUAUUUGCAUUUAGCAGUCUUUUUUUUUUUUUUUUUUUUUAUCAGAACAGACCUGAAAUUCAUUUUUGGGUCACAACCCAUCUUAACCACUUAAGCAGACACCAACAGCGAUGCAUGAUAAACCAUCCAUGCAUCCAUUGCAUGUGAGUGCAACUCACCAUUUAGCAAACUUUGUAUUGCAGCACUUUUCAUGCUACUGUCUCUUUACGAUGAAUCGCUUGUUGUUGCAUUUGUAAGUCACUGAGGAUAUGAGCAUUACAAAAUGAAUAAAUGGAAGUGUACCCCA